AGCCCCGGCCGCACGCCAAUCACGAGCACGUGAUGGGGAGCGGCCUGUGGGCAGCCCCCGCCCCAACGCUCAGCCUCCAGACGCGCCAUGUGGGCUCUGCGGGCCGCCGUACGCCCGGGGCUGCGGCUCUCCCGCGUGGGCCGCGGCCGCUCGGCUCCGCGGGUAGCCGCGCCGUCCUGCCCCGCGCGCGCGCUCGCCGCUGUCGGCCGCAGGAGCCCCGGGAAUCUGGAGGGGCCGUGGGGCGGAGGGCGGGGUCUGCGGGCGGACGGCGGCCGAAGCCGCACGGGAGACGACGAGGAGGAGCCGGAAGAUGCGGACGAGAACGCCGAGGAGGAGCUGCUGCGGGGAGAGCCUCUGCUGCCGGCGGGGACCCAGCGCGUGUGUCUGGUUCACCCUGACGUCAAGUGGGGCCCGGGGAAGCCGCAGAUGACUCGAGCCGAGUGGCAGGUGGCGGAGGCCACAGCGCUGGUGCACACGCUGGACGGCUGGUCCGUGGUGCAGACAAUGGUCGUGUCCACCAAAACGCCGGACAGGAAGCUCAUCUUUGGCAAAGGGAACUUUGAGCACCUGACAGAAAAGAUCCGAGGGUCUCCAGACAUCACGUGCGUCUUCCUGAACGUGGAGAGGAUGGCUGCCCCGACCAAGAAAGAACUAGAAGCCGCCUGGGGCGUGGAGGUGUUUGACCGCUUCACGGUCGUCCUGCACAUCUUCCGCUGCAACGCCCGCACGAAGGAGGCCCGGCUUCAGGUGGCCCUGGCGGAGAUCCCGCUGCACAGGUCGAACUUGAAAAGGGACGUCGCCCACCUGUACCGAGGAGUCGGCUCGCGCUACAUCAUGGGGUCAGGAGAAUCCUUCAUGCAGCUGCAGCAGCGUCUCCUGAGAGAGAAGGAGGCCAAGAUCAGGAAGGCCCUGGACAGGCUUCGCAAGAAGAGGCACCUGCUCCGCCGGCAGCGGACGAGGCGGGAGUUCCCCAUGAUCUCCGUGGUGGGGUACACCAACUGCGGAAAGACCACGCUGAUCAAGGCGCUGACGGGCGAUGCCGCCAUCCAGCCGCGGGACCAGCUGUUUGCCACGCUGGACGUCACGGCCCACGCGGGCACGCUGCCCUCACGCAUGACCGUCCUGUACGUGGACACCAUCGGCUUCCUCUCCCAGCUGCCGCACGGCCUCAUCGAGUCCUUCUCCGCCACCCUGGAAGACGUGGCCCACUCGGAUCUCAUCCUGCACGUGAGGGACGUCAGCCACCCCGAGGCGGAGCUCCAGAAAUGCAGCGUUCUGUCCACGCUGCGUGGCCUGCAGCUGCCCGCCCCGCUCCUGGACUCCAUGGUGGAGGUUCACAACAAGGUGGACCUCGUGCCCGGGUACAGCCCCACGGAACCGAACGUCGUGCCCGUGUCUGCCCUGCGGGGCCACGGGCUCCAGGAGCUGAAAGCUGAGCUCGAUGCGGCGGUUUUGAAGGCGACGGGGAGACAGAUCCUCACUCUCCGUGUGAGGCUCGCAGGGGCGCAGCUCAGCUGGCUGUAUAAGGAGGCCACAGUUCAGGAGGUGGACGUGAUCCCUGAGGACGGGGCGGCCGACGUGAGGGUCAUCAUCAGCAACUCAGCCUACGGCAAAUUCCGGAAGCUCUUUCCAGGAUGAACAGACGCCCACAGAGGCCUGCAGAGUGGGGGCAUUGCUGCCUGGGGAGCUGAGGCGUUACCGCUGUGUUGGGGGCAGCUUGGUGUCAGGUGCAGCUUGGUGUCAGGUGCAGCAGGGUCCUCCUUGUCUGGUUCUGCACCCGUCUCGCUCCCAGCCAUUUGCUGGGAUGACCGUGCAGGCCGGUGACAUGGCCGCACCUGCCCCAAAGCGGGCCGCCCGAGCGUCCACUCCAAGCCUGAGCAUCCACACAAUUCCAGUGGGCCCUCGGUGCCUGCUGUGAACUGCUUUCCCUCGGAAUGUUUCCGUAACGGGACAUUAAACCUUUGUUUUUACCUCCGUGA